AGGUAGAUGAGACCAGUCAGUUGGAGCAUGCGACACGCAAGGGCGAAGGAAACCGUAACAGAAGACCACGACCAGGAUACACAUGAAAGAGGUUGCCAACGUCUCAUCAGACGGCAUUCUCCGGCAUGACCUGGACGCGGUGGACGCCAGCAUCCCCAACGGGACACACCACAUCACCACAGACACCACUGAGACUCCCAAAAAGGCUGUGAAGCCCCCCAUGCCCCCCACUUCCAAACCCAGCGAGGCCCCAGAGGAGUGUCAGACCACCCAGAGCCCUGACGAAGGUCUGCCGUCUGAAACGGAGCCCAGUCCCCAGAAGGUCCUGGAGACCCCCAUGCCGCCCUCCAAAGAGGUCGAGACGGCUGCUGCUUCUGCAGGGGACCAACUCUCUGAUGAGACUAGCACUGACAGAAGCCCAGAGAAAAAGGUCCUGAAGCCUCCUAUGCCGCCCUCCAAAGAGGCCAAGCCCACAGUGUCUGCCGAGGACCAACCACCUGGGGAGACCGCCCCUGAGAAAAAGGUCCUGAAGCCUCCCAUGCCGCCCUCCAAAGACACCAAGCCCGCUGCUCCAGCCGGAGACCAGCCCCCCAGGAACACCAGCCCCGAGGGCAGCCCAGAYCAGUGCUUCGAGUCUGGGGUCGAGUCAGCACCACCGCCCACCCCUCCCGGCAAACCCAUCGGCGGCUCCACAGACAACCUGGCCGAGGCCUCCCAYUCCAGCCAGGAACACAGGCCGCCCACCCCACCAUCCAAAGACAAGAAGCCCACUCAGACAGCCGUGCAGGAGGGUACAGAGGAGGCUAGUGGGAGGAGGAAGAAAAGUGAAGAGGAUGAGGCAGAGGAGAAGGAGGAAGAGGGUUCUGAAACGAUUGCAUCUGACGUUCAACAAAGCAGUAUCCCUGAGGGGGCUGAGGAUGAGGAGGAGUCUCCUUCCUCUCAGCUUACAACACCCAUGACCCCCCUAGAGGUCAAAGUUGAACCCUCUGUGACUGARCACCCAGAGGUCACCACCACCACCAUAGAAGAAGAGACGCAGAAAGUUGCCGAGCCCAUGGCUCAAGAACAAGAGUCUMCCCCUAGUGGUGGAGUGGAUAUAUCACCCAAUGAAGAACCUCAGACAAUGAAGUCUUCCCAACUCACAGUAACGCCAUCAGUUCAGACACCGGAGCCAAUCAAAAAGAGCCCUGGCCCUCCCGGACCUCCCAUAAAGAAGAAGCCCGUCYUCCUCCCUCCUCCCAAAGCAGUGGUGGUGGCUCAAGACGUCCACCUAAGCGAGCCUAAGAACCAAGCGACAGACAAAACCAAGAACAACAUCAUCACCACCACACCAGGAGAGAAACUCAACURUAUCACUUCACCAACACCAGCCGUGGUGACCACAACCAGCCCGACUGAAGAAACAGAGGACCUGAAAGUUCCUGUGGUCGUUGCGACUAAGUCUGAGUUCCCAGUCGUAGUUCUCUCUCUGAGUGACCCAGAGCCAGACAGCUCCUGCUCCAGCCCCGUGUCCUGCCACCUCUCCCCGGAAAAGAAGAGUGAGCGUGAGGAGGAAAAGUCAGUCGACAGCGGCCAACACUCGGACAUCGAUGRCGACGAAGAAUGGUCAGAGAGCAGGGACACUUUGGCGGCCUCCACCGCUGCRCUAAUGGGCAGCCAAGCUGGCCUGGACGCGCUGAUGGAUGAGAGUCAAGACGGAGACACGGAGACCCCCAACAGCUUGGGACUCAGCACUGUGGAGGACUGCCCUUCUACGACCCAGACCCCCCAGGACAAUCCCUCUGGCCUACACUCCACCUUCCUCCAGGUGAGGGUCAGUCAGGCCUCCCAUUGUCCCCCCAUCCCCUUCAAACCCUUAGCCAAGCUCAUGUCCACCUCUUUGGGGGAUCUCCUCUCUGAGGCCUCAUUGGGUGAAAACGUGAAACAGCCAAUCACAGACGUGGCCGUGACAAAGGCCACCGUGGMUCCUCAAGACUUAACAGAUCUUGAAAAUGAAGUGGCCCUGGAGCUGGAAAAUACAGGGGAGCUCCUGGGGAGCUUCGUCCCCAAAGGGAGCACCGAGGUUGGGCAGAACUCGGCCCUAGCGGGGGGCGAUGGCCUGGAGGACAGGUCGCCGGAGGAGCUGCUAGCCAGUGCCAUGGAGAAGCUGAGGAAAGCAGACCAGUUCCUCAGGCAGGCCAAGCGUAUGAAAGACUCAAAACAUUCUGAGAAUACRMCCAAGAGAAACAGCUGGUGAUUGUUAAAUAUGAAGGAGAAGAAGGGAAAAUGUAUUGAUUGAUGGUGAUGGAAAGUAGUAGCUUGGAAGGACGACAGGUGUUUUCUUAUUUUGGCUGAUUAUGCAGCAUAUUUAUGCAAGUGUUCUGCUGAGAUUUAGCUAAGUGCAAUUUUUUACACUUUCACUUUUCUCCUGCAAAUGCAGGUUGAUUGUACUUUUUGUACUUAAUUUUUUUUUUAAACAUUCCACAUUGAUCAUCAUCACUUUCCCAAGGAUAUUUACUUGAAUACUUACAACCCCGAUCAAACUUUUUAAUGAUACGUUUAAGGAUGUUACAAAAUGGCGUAAGUCUUAGGGGAUGUCAGAAGUGCCUGCAACUUUUUGUAAUCCACGUUUUGAAUGGAUACAGAUUGGUUUCCUCUGUAGUCCUCCUUGCCAAUCAAACCAUGAUGACAUUUGAAGUAAUCAUGUAUAAGGUGGGUUGUGUUUAUGUAGUUCAUGAAAAUAUCAUUGAAGUUAUUUGUCUUGAAUAACUACUUCCAAGUGUUAAAAGAAUAUUCAGGUAUUUUAUAAAAUGUCUGAGACAAGCUCUGCCAGUCCAAAUCUCAAUGGCAGGAUGUACAUCAAAUUUGACACCACACCUAUUUUACAAGCCUCCCUUCUGACCGCUAAGGGCCCCAUUUAUUCAACAUUUGCACUUUGCAUCAGGUAUCAAGAUUGCACAGUACGUUUACCAUCAGGUAUCAAUAUUGUGCAGUAAGUUUACCAUCAGGUAUCAAGAUUGAGCAGUACGUUUACCAUAGGGAAUUAGACAUAAAAGGUUCAAUGAAAUGGCAAGAAUAACGGUUCUGAAAGUGAAUCAUUUAUCAAGUAUAAAUGAAGACAGUUCGCUGUUCUAGCUUUGGUGUUUCAUCCAAUAAAAACAGUUGCAAACUUUUCACCCGGUCCAAAUGCAUAGCAAAUGUGCCCCUAACUCUGUUUUGGCAAAUAUCUAUGCAGGCUAGGUUUAUAUACCAUUUCACAAAAGGGUUCAGACUGCACAUUGCAAAACAGGAACUACACUCUUAGAAAAAAAUAUAGAACCUAAAAGGGUUCUAUGGCUGUCCCAAUAGGAGAACCCUUUGAAUAACCC